ACCAGUUGCGCGCGGUUUCUCUAAGGAGCCAUUCGGCGUCCGCCGCAAACGAGAAAAACACGCACCAUAGCUAAUAGAGAAUACAAAUCAAAUUUCGAACGUUCGCGUUCUAAAUUUGAAAAUUUAUUUGUAUUUCUUUUAUUUUAAGGCGUUUUAGGGGUUAAAAAUGAGGAGCGGUUGGCCAGUGUUGGUGGUAUACGUGUUUGUGUGCCUUCAGUGCAGUUUGCAGUUGAUACCGUUACCGGACUUCAUCCAUCCCUGUUCCGAACUAUCAGACGAAUGCUUCACCCAGGCCACACUGGAUGCCAUCCCCGGGCUGGUGAAGGGCAUCCCGGAGGCCAAUAUCCCGUCGCUGGAUCCGCUGUACCUGGACAAGAACAUCAGCAUGAACCUGCCCGGGAACGUCAAGAUGACCUUCCAUAAUGGGAGGCUGAUCGGGCUCAGUACGUGCGUGCCGCUCAAAGUUUCGUCUCGCCGGGAGACCCGCAAGUUCAUCUUCGACAUCCGUUGCAACUUCACCAUCAAGGGCCACUACAGUCUGCAGGGCAGGAUCUUGCUCUUCAACCUCGACACCGACGGCAACGCCAAGAUCAAAAUAUGGAACCAGCGUAUCCGCCUGGAGGUUUUGGAAAAGGUCGUGAUGGACAAAACUACGGGCGAGGGGCACUACAAGAUCAACUCGUACAAGUACAAAGCUGACUACGGCACAGACCUCAAACUCAACCUCACUAACUUAUUCCGAGGAAGCGCUGAAAUCAGUGCAAACAUCCUGCAAGUCCUGAACCAGAACUCGCAGCUGGUGGCGCAGGAGUUCGGCGCCCCGAUCCUCGAGUACGCCAUCGACUACGCUAUGAACGUGACGCAGCGAUUCUUCAGCGCCUACACCUACCAGCAGAUCUCACACGUACCCAUCACGCCUGAAUUCUUCGAGAAGGAAAAGAAAUAAAGUAAUAUAAAGGACAACUCACCGUGGACCGUGUCCGGACCGGAGCUUCCGGCGCUUACUUUUCUAUGAUAUAACAGGCGAUCACGUGAUGCUUUCCGUAGAAAACCAUGCGCCGUAAACUCCGGGUCCGACACGGCCCGGUUUAACGUGAGUCAUCCUUAAAGCGUAGCAUAUUUACCUACUAUUUACACGAGCAGAGAACCGUACAAAAUAUGGGGCCGCAAAUACCACGAGGCUGCUUGCAGACAAAUCUGUAGGGCUAAUAUGGUCGGCUCUUUAUCAUUUGUCACCAUGCCGAUCACGUUCUAACAAAUAUGUAAGUGCGAAAGUGACGCAUGGCAUGACAAGUGAUAAAAAUAAGACCAUGAUACUGGCGUACAUAUUCGUAGGUAUUCGUAAACACUGAGCUUAAGUAUAGUAAAAUUAGUAAAAGUUAAAAGGUUCCGUGUAAUAUUUUGGGGUAGCAAGAAUUUAAAUCUCGUGGUUUUGAUAUUCCUUCUACAACUAUUUUCGCUGUUGCUUGCGACAAAAUCUCUGUUUGACUUAUGGUUAAUAAUUCGCACUGUCUAGAAACAUGCACAUGAAAAAAUAUUAUUUCUAAGAUAUACUUACGUGUAGAUAUAUAUUUAUGUCAAAUCCCCUUGUCUUUUAAUCGCUUAUCAGGUGUUUUCGGAAUGUUGGUACAAUUCAACAGACAACAGCAAUUGUUUUUGUACAUGGCAUAUAAAGAAAUUUGCUCAAUAUGUUUUACUUAAACGGUGAUCUAAUCUAUGUUUGUCUUACCUAGAUUUCUAGGUUUUUACAGUGUUUGUGUGAUAUUUAAGUUUGCUAAUAUAAUUUAUUUUUAUAUUGUUUUUAUACUUUGGGGUACAAUGCAGUGGUUUGAAAACCGCCGAUGCUUUUUUGAUACGAUCGUUAAUAAACUGGUGUACCUGCUUAUAUUUUGAAUACAUAUUUUAGAAUAG